GCAUUGUGACUGAGUUGCAAAACGAUGAGGUGUUCAGCAGCACCCUGGAGCAGCUGAGAAUGGUGAUAAAGAGGAGGACUGUAGUUUACUCGGCAGAGGAGAAGGCCCUGAUGGUGAUGCUGGAAGGAGAGCAAGAGGAGGAGAGGAGGAGAGAGCGGGAGCGCCGAGUGAGGAAGGAGAGAGAGCGACAACUGCAGAGGAAGCACAGAGUGGACUCCAUGCUGUUUGGAGAGGAGUUCCCAGGCAGCUGUGCCCUGCAGCCCUUCAGAGACUAUUACAGCCAGGCGGAGCACUCGCUGCCUGCGCUCAUCCACGUCAGAAAAGAAUGGGACACAUGUUUGGUGGCAGUAGAUCAUCCUGGUAGUUCAUCCGUUCCUCAGAGCUGGGUCCUGCCAAACCCCCCAUCAGACCAGGCCUGGGCCUCCGCCCUGCAGACGAGUGACACGGACUGUGAGAACCUCUGACUGGUCCUCGGCUGCACAGUGCAACAACCAGGUGACGGAGACAAAGAUGGCCGCAGCUUACCUGGAGCUUUCAACACGCUUCCAUCGACGCUUAGACGACAGGAGCAGCAGUCUCUGCAUUUGAAACGGAUGUAAGCCUUCUUGGGACAACAGGAAGUGUUUUAUCUGUGAGGUGCAGCGUGGAACAGCCCACAGUAUGGACUUAUGCCUGUUUUCUUUACUCAGUAACAGUUUGUGUUUUACUCUGAUGAAUUUUCUAAAGACAAAAUAAAAUGAACAAUAUGAA